GAUAAAAAAGGGAGAAAAUGGGAGCCGGCCCACAAACUCUGUGAUGUUGGUGCUCGCAGCAUGACAGGGUUUGGGGUCUUCACGCUGCUGCUGCCCGUCCUGCUGGGCUGGGCCAGCUGCCACCCUGUCCCUGGAAGGAAAAACGUCAACAAGCUGCUGCUGAUCUCCUUCGAUGGCUUCCGCUGGAACUAUGACCAGGAUGUGGACACCCCCAACAUGGACCGCCUGGCCCAGGAGGGAGUGAAGGCCAAGUACCUCACACCACCCUUCGUGACAAUGACGUCCCCAUCUCACUUCACCACCAUCUCAGGUCGCUGGAUUGAAGAUCAUGGAGUCAUUCACAACAUGAUGUUUAACACAGAGACACAUUGGAAGUACUCCUUCAAGACCACACAGAAUAAGACUGAAUGGUGGGACAAUGGUGUUCUCCCCCUCUGGAUCACAGCCCAGAGACAGGGGAGGAAGACAGCAUCAUUCCACUAUCCUGGGGGAGGUGCAAAGUACAAAGGGGAGGCUGUCCAGCGGUCCCUGGUGGAGUCUCACACUCACCCAGACAGCAAUGAGACAGAGUGGAGGGAGAACAUAGAUAUUGUCAUGAACUGGUUCACUAAGGAAGACUUUGAUUUUGUGACUCUGUACUAUGGAGAGCCAGAUAACGUGGGACACAAAUUUGGGCCUGAGACGGAGAACAGAAGGGUGAUGAUUCAGCAAAUUGACAGAACCAUCGGGUACCUGGUGGAAGCCAUUAAAAGGCACAGCUUGACCAAGCACCUCAAUGUCAUCAUCACAUCAGACCAUGGCAUGACCACAGUAAAAAAGAGGCCCAAUGUCACUGAGAUCCUCCUGACAAACUACAUCAAGUUCAAGGACUUGGUCAAGUUUGAUAUCGUGGACUAUGGUGGCUUUGGGAUGAUCCUGCCCAAACCAGGGAAAGAGGAAGCUGUUUACCAAGCACUGAAGAAUGCACAUCCUCACCUCAAUGUGUACAAGAAGGAGGAAUUCCCAGAACGCUUCCAUUUUGCUAAACACAAGCGGGUGCUGCCAAUUGUGAUGUACGCUGACUCUGGUUAUAACAUCAAUGGGGUGAGUCGAUUCUAAAAUGAAUGAAGCCAU